AUGGCUGAGACGGCAGAGGAUCUGGCUUCUCUUUCCGGUGUUUUGGCGGCAGGUUUCGGCAAGGACGGCAACUUCACGGUCGUUGUAGAAGAGGGCACGGAGGAUAUGUUCGAGUGUUCAAAUGAGAUUGAGGCGAGUGUGAAGUGCACGGAGUUCAAGGUGUGGUCUUUUGUGCUUGCCCGGUGGUCCCCCGUCUUUGAGAAGAUGCUGGGAUCGGACAACUAUGCCGAGUCACAGCAGUCGCAGGUAGUCAUCCAAGACUUCUCGGCCGGUGCUGUCGAGAUCUUCCUGCGCUUCUUGUAUUCUGGGCGUGUCGGGGGCUCGGUCGCAGUUCUGGUGGAGGUGGCUGCGCUAGCAGACAAGUACCAGGUUCAGGCGUUGCCUCCUUUGUGCUUUCGUCUUGUGCGGAAGACGCUGAAACCUGAAGAAGCCUGCAAAGUCUUCGCUUUAGCAGACCGCUUGCAUGCAGUUGAGAUGCGAAGAGAGGCGCUCGACCUCAUCUUCACAAAGCCUAAAGAGGCCUUGACAAAGCGUCCGAAUCUCCGAGCAGAGCUCUUGGAGGAGAUCCUGGGCUCAGGCCUGCUGUGCAUACAGAAUCAUGCUCUCAGAAAGAUUCUCCGACGCUGGGGCACCGAUACAGGCGGCUCCCUGGAAUCGAUGAUCCACGUCGACACAGAGAGUGAGCACACGAAAGACGUGUUUUACAAACUCUGGGAGCGCUACGAAGACGCCGGGAACAAGGGCGUCUUUGUGGGUGCUUGGUAG